GUUAGGUUAAGUUGGUCAUAUUGCAGCAGAGCGGAUUCAGUUUAAGGUUUAAGGUAAAUUUCUUUCCGGAUUGUAUCACAGAGUGAAUUAGAUAUCGAAUCUACGAGGAUGAAAUACAACCGAUUAGUGUCUUCCUCCCGUAGAAAGAAUCGGAAGAGGCAUUUUACAGCACCAUCUCACAUCAGACGACGACUUAUGUCUGCACCUCUGUCUAAAGAGCUACGUCAAAAAUACAAUGUACGAUCGAUGCCGAUCCGUAAGGAUGAUGAAGUCCAAGUAGUUCGUGGUCAUUAUAAAGGACAGCAAGUAGGAAAAGUUGUUCAAGUAUACAGAAAAAAGUUUGUCAUAUACAUUGAACGAAUUCAACGUGAAAAGGCAAACAGUGCAAAUGUAUAUGUUGGAAUUGAUCCUUCUAAGACGGUUAUUGUUAAGUUAAAAAUGGAUAAAGAUCGUAAAAAGAUUAUUGAUAGGCGAAGCAAAGGUAGAUUGGCUGCAUUAGGAAAAGACAAAGGAAAGUACACAGAAGAUGUGACAGCUGCUAUGGAGACUUCAUAAUUUUAAUAUUUUCCUUUGUUUCUGUACUACAAUAAAAUAGUAAAAACAAAGUU